GGACUGCGACUGCUACACAAAAUGUCGGACCAAGAUCUUGCUAAGAUCCCUCUCGUGGACAUUGACGAGGAGGGCAUAUUUAAAUAUAUUUUGAUAAGGGUCACCGGGAAGGAGACUGCAGACGGUACUGAGCCCAGCAAACUAGUUGUUCGAGGCUAUGCAGACUGCGAAUGGCAUGCUGAUAUAUAUGAACGCACACAGGGGACCAUUAAAGGGACGGGCCUGGACACCGAAUGCCUUGGCGGAGGACGCAUCGAACAUAACCCUGAAAAGAAGUACUUGAAAGUUUACGGACAUUCCACGGGUUAUGGAAAAGCGGAUCACGCGGAGUCGAAGCGAGUUCUACUAACCAAGUACAAGAACUACGAGAUUGAAACUUCAGAUGAAGGAUAUUAGGCUCGACUGUAUGCAGUAAACAUAAUCUAAGGAGACGGGGCCCAGAACUUCAUUGACUUGUAAACAAAACAUGCAAAGCCAGUCGAUCAGCAGUGUGCGAGCUGUUCACAUACCCCCGACAUAUAAAAUUUGGAAUUCUCUCAAAAUUGUAGCCUGUUUUUUUUCACAAGAAUUAAAAAUGAAAAUACUAAA